CAAACCGUACAGCGUACAUGCCUCUGAACUCCGUGCUUUUUCUUCCUGUACUUCACCUCAAAAUUAUUAUUAGCAGCUCCAUAAUUUCUUUACUCCGUACCAAUCCCCAAUCUUAACCCGAUAUCGUUCCCCUCUGUUGUUUUUUUUCUCUUCUCCCUCUCCGUCUUAAUUCAUCGAUUAAUCCACUUCACUUCAUUUCUCCCCCUCCAAUUCCAAUUUCUCCAUCCUCCUUCCUUGGUUAUCGUCCUUAUCCUUCUCCCCCAUCCAUCCUCUUUCUACCUUCCCAAGUUCGCGAUUACUUGUUGCGACUUGCUCUCUAUAUCAUUUAACUCCCCUACAUAUCCUCCUAAUAAUCUUGUUUUCCUUUGAUUGUUUUACAUUCGGAGCUCUGUUGACAGAGUUAUAGCCAUCAUCAUGUCUUCUACUGCUCCUCUGGUCAACACCGCCAAUGGCGGCUCUGCCAACGACAACAUCACUCGUUUCGCUCCCCCCAGCCGUGUGCUCUCUCCCUACACCCACACCCUCUUCCACAACAAGACAAGAUGUUUCGUAUAUGGUAUGCAGCCCAAGGCCGUGCAGGGCAUGCUCGACUUCGACUUCAUCUGCAAGCGCAGCACCCCCUCAGUCGCCGGUAUCAUCUACACUUUCGGUGGCCAGUUCGUGAGCAAGAUGUACUGGGGUACUAGCGAGACCCUCCUCCCUGUCUACCAGGACGUUUCCAAGGCCAUGGCCAAGCACCCCGAUGUUGAUACCGUUGUGAACUUCGCCUCUUCUCGUUCCGUCUACAGCUCUACCAUGGAGUUGAUGAACUGCCCCCAGAUUAAGUCCAUCGCCAUCAUUGCCGAGGGUGUCCCCGAGAGACGCGCUCGUGAGAUCCUGGUUGCUGCCAAGGAGAAGGGCAUCACUAUCAUUGGCCCCGCUACCGUUGGAGGUAUUAAGCCUGGUGCUUUCAAGAUUGGUAACACUGGUGGUAUGAUGGACAACAUUGUGGCCUCCAAGCUCUACCGUAGUGGCUCCGUUGGCUAUGUCUCCAAGUCUGGUGGUAUGUCCAACGAAUUGAACAACAUCGUUUCUCAGAACACCGAUGGUGUCUAUGAGGGUGUUGCCAUUGGUGGUGAUCGUUACCCUGGUACCACUUUCAUCGACCACUUGCUCCGUUAUCAGAACGAGCCCGACUGCAAGAUCCUUCUCUUGCUCGGUGAAGUUGGUGGUGUUGAGGAGUACCGUGUCAUUGAGGCCGUCAAGAACGGCACCAUCACCAAGCCCAUCGUUGCCUGGGCCAUCGGUACCUGCGCCAGCAUGUUCAAGACCGAGGUUCAGUUCGGUCAUGCCGGUGCUUCGGCCAACUCCGACCUGGAAACCGCUGUUGCCAAGAACAAGGCCAUGAAGGAGGCUGGUAUCUACGUCCCCGACACCUUCGAGGACCUGCCCCAGGUGCUCAAGCAGGUCUACGACGCCGAGGUCAGCAAGGGCAGCAUCAAGCCCCAGCCCGAGCCCGUUCCCCCCAAGAUCCCUAUCGACUACUCCUGGGCCCAGGAGCUUGGUCUCGUCCGUAAGCCCGCUGCCUUCAUCUCCACUAUCUCCGACGACCGUGGCCAGGAGCUCCUCUACGCUGGUAUGCCCAUCUCGGAUGUCUUCAAGGAGGACAUUGGUAUCGGUGGUGUCAUGUCACUUCUCUGGUUCCGCCGCCGCCUUCCCACCUACGCCAGCAAGUUCUUGGAGAUGGUUCUAAUGCUUACCGCUGAUCACGGUCCUGCCGUGUCUGGCGCUAUGAACACCAUCAUUACUACUCGUGCCGGCAAGGAUCUGAUCAGUGCCCUCGUCUCUGGUCUUUUGACCAUUGGAUCUCGUUUCGGUGGUGCCCUUGACGGUGCUGCCGAGGAGUUCACCAAGGCUUUCGACAAGGGUCUUAGCCCCCGUGACUUCGUCGACACCAUGAGGAAGGAGAACAAGCUCAUUCCCGGUAUCGGUCACCGUGUCAAGUCCCGUAACAACCCCGAUCUUCGUGUUGAGCUGGUCAAGGAGUUCGUCAAGAAGCACUUCCCUAGCACCAAGCUGCUUGACUACGCCAUUGCCGUCGAGACCGUCACCACCUCCAAGAAGGACAACCUGAUCCUGAACGUCGACGGUUGUGUCGCUGUCUGCUUCGUUGACCUCAUGCGCAACUGCGGUGCCUUCUCUCCCGAGGAAGUCGAGGACUACAUGAAGAUGGGUGUCCUCAACGGUCUCUUCGUCUUGGGUCGCAGUAUCGGUCUGAUUGCCCACUACCUCGACCAGAAGCGCCUACGUACUGGUCUCUACAGACACCCUUGGGACGACAUCACCUACUUGCUCCCUGCCCUGCAGAAAGGCGGCUCCGAAGGCCGUGUCGAGGUCAACUUCUAAUCUAUUAUAUAUUUUUAUUAAUUUCUUACCUUUCCAUUUUACAUUUUUUUUUUUUACACUCGCGGAAGUGGCCAGUGUGGGAUACUGGUAAUCUCAUAAAAUCCCGUCAUGUUCUUGACGUUGGAGUUAUGAUGGCUUGCGUUGCAUUGUUUUCGAUUCUUAUAUCAUUUUAUUUCACCUUAUAUUCUGUAGUGCGCACAUGUGGUAUGAGUAGCUGAUAGGGUUGAUGAAUUCUAUGCAAGGGCAGUACCUGUUUUAGAAGAGUUAGAAUUACGACAGCCUGACUGUGACAAUCCAAUGGGUUAUAAUUUCAAUGAUAUUUCACAAAAUUUUGGUUCAUUACCUACGAAUCCACUAGAACUAAGACUAUAUGAAGCAAUAUUGCUGGCCUGUGUAUCCCAUACCAAUUAGCAGCUAGCCAGUGAGCAAGUGAACUCGAAUGAGAUGAGUACACUGCGUGUAGAAGUCACAGUCCACAGAGCUAUCGUUAAUAAUAUCACCCUAAC